CAAAGGAUAAUCGACCACCCCCAGCACCUCCUAAAAACCCAAAAGAAAACCCAUUUGGAUUCUCAUGAAGAUGAAGAUGAUGAGAAAUGUGAUAAUUUGGGUUUUAGUUGUGGUGGGUUUUGAGUUCCAGAGGAGUACUUGUCAGGUUCCAGAGAUUAAGAGGACUUGGUUUCCAAAGGAUUUUGUUUUUGGGACGGCUUCUUCAGCCUUCCAGGUUGAAGGAGCUGUGAAAGAGGGUGGGAGGGGACCAACAAUUUGGGACACUUAUACCCAUACACCAGGUAACAUUUUUGAUCAAAGUAAUGCGGAUGUUACUGUGGAUCAGUACCACCGUUAUAAAGAAGAUGUACAACUUAUUAAGGACAUGGGAAUGGAUGCUUAUCGGUUCUCAAUUGCUUGGUCUCGGAUUUUCCCUAAUGGCACUGGACAAGUGAACCAGGCAGGAGUUGACUACUACAAUAAUCUAAUAAACGCUUUGCUGGCCAAAGGAAUUCAACCAUAUGUUACUCUUUAUCAUUGGGAUCUUCCUCAAGCCUUGGACGACAAGUACAAUGGAUGGCUCAGUCCUAAAAUCAUAAAGGACUAUGCAACUUUUGCAGAGACAUGUUUUGAGAAAUUUGGGGAUCGGGUCAAGUACUGGAUCACUUUCAAUGAACCUCAAGGAUUUGCAAUCCAAGGUUACGAUGGAGGGCUUCAGGCGCCCGGUCGUUGCUCCGUCAUUCUUAAUCAAUCUUGCAAACCAGGAAACUCAACUGUUGAGCCUUACUUGGUUACUCACAAUGUUCUUCUAUCUCAUGCUACUGUCGUCAACAUUUAUAGAAAAAAAUACAAGCCGACACAGAAAGGCUCUCUUGGGAUAGCAUUCAAUGUUAUGUGGUAUGAACCAAUGUCGAAUACUACUGAGGAUAUUGAAGCAACACAAAGAGCUAUGGAUUUUCAGUUUGGCUGGUACAUGGAUCCCUUGUCUUCAGGGGAUUAUCCAAGCUCAAUGAGAAGUAGAGUGGGAAGUAGGUUGCCAACAUUUUCCAAAGCUGAGUCUGCUCUGGUUAAAGGAUCAUUGGACUUUGUUGGCAUAAAUCACUACACAACCAAUUAUGUAACAAGAUUGGACAGGGUCACGAAUGAUACCAUGGAUGAUUAUGAUGCAAUGACAUCACCUGUCGGCAAAGAUGGGAAAGAAAUAGGAGAAAUGGCAGGUUCAAUAUGGUUGUAUGUUGUUCCUCGAGGGAUCAGAAGUUUGAUGAAUUACAUUAGGCAAAAAUAUGCUAACCCUCCUGUCAUUAUCACUGAAAAUGGAGUGGAUGAGUCCAACGACCCAUCGAAGCCCCUCAAAAAUGCUCUUAAGGAUGAAAAAAGGAUCAUCUAUUACAGUGGCUACCUUUCAAACUUGCUAGCUUCUAUCAAGGAAGAUGGGUGUAACGUGAAAGGGUAUUUUGCAUGGUCCCUAGUAGAUAAUUGGGAAUGGGCUGCGGGUUACACAUCAAGGUUCGGGCUUUACUUUGUGGACUUCAAAGACAAUCUCAAGAGAUACCCUAAAGAUUCUGUUGAGUGGUUCAAAACAUUAUUGGCUUCUUAGGGAUCCAAUUGUAUAGAGCAUCCUUGGCUCUUGCUGUUAAGUAUUGAGAAAAAAAAUGCAUUCUUAAUUUAUUGGGGUUA